AUGGCGAAGACGAGGUCGAAAGGCGGCCCAUCAACGGCAUCGACAAAUUCCACCAGCGCAGUAUCGACUGCCUCCAAAUACAGCCUGUCUACCGAGUCCGAGAACCCACCAAAAUUGUUCAUCCUACCGAAGAAAGCAAAACCAGAGUCGCGAGUCGUCUCUUUGCUGAACCCCCGUUACUCAAGGCCGACACGCUACCUCGUCUGCCCCGAGACUGGGACCUAUGAAUUCGUCAAGAUAUCUGCACCCAAGACAACACCUAGGAGUUGGCUUAUUGAGGGCGCAUCAACGACAUCUGACCAGACAGAUGAUGCUCAAACUCCCACCCCGGAAGAGACGUUCGAGGCACAUGUCACAAAAGGAGCAGACCUCUACGUGGCGACGCCAAUUGACCCGAUGUUCCUCAUCCUCCCCGCCCUAGCAAGUCAGCUAUCGUCCGCAAAGAGGUUAUUCCUCUCGAGCGAAGACCAUUUCGAUUCAGUCGCGGACGAGGCGCCGCACAUGUCAGAGAUCCUGCGAUGCAGCCACACUCGAAAGCUGCUGGAGACGAGGAUGGGCGCCGUGUGCGACACCGUGGAGGCCGGCGACGAGCACAUGUAUCGCGUCAGCGAGGAGAAGGUGCUCAGCCAGGUCCUGUCGAAAGCCAAGGCCAUGAGCGACAAGGGGCUGCCGGCGAGCAUGGAGGAGAAGUUCGUCAAGAAGGCCCUGGAGGCGCCGAUAUCGAGUGUGAAGAGAGAGAACCCCACCUUAGAGACUGCGGGGGUGGCAGAGUCCGGGCCGGCGACGCCCCUGACUGAGUCUGCGGAGUCGCAGUCGUCGGUGUCUACUGUCGACUCUUCGACAAGCCAGGUCUCAGACCCCUCGACGGCUGCGACCUCGGUGGCAGACGAGUCCGAGGCACUGAACACGGGCGAUGUGACGUUGGCAAUGCAGGCGUCGCAGGAGAUUGUCAAGCUCCAGAGACUCAGAGUUGCCUUCAACUUCAUCUGCUCGAAUUAUGUGCCUGCGAAGCUGACUGAGCUGCUCAAGAAGCUCUUAGCAGAGGGCAAGGGCUCGGUGGACUUCAAGCCUCUGGAUCAGUAUGUCGAGAAGUUGACAAAGCUACGGCAGGAGGCCACGCUGGCCAGGUCGGCAUCUGACUACUCUCGCAAACGGACACGGGAUGAAGAAGACGAGGAUCGCGCGGAGAAGAGGCGGAAGAAGGAGGAGGAGGAUAAGCGCAAGAAGGCCAACGAGAGCCGAGGCGUGAAGGAGCUGAAGAAGGUCAACACGAGUGGCAUGAUGAAGCUCAGUGCGUUCUUCAAGAAAAAGUAA